AUGCCGAGCUUUGCAGACGGGUACGAUGACAGCAAUCGAGCGUUUCUGCAAGCCUUCCUAGCUCGUAGCACCCUCACGCUAGACACAGCCAAACAUGUUAUUGCGGCCAUUUCAACACAACAAGAAGGCAGAGAGGUUCAAGCACAAGACAUUACGGUUGAAGACCUAGACUCGUUCGUUUACCAAGCCAAUCGAAAACUCUCCCCCCUUGACCUCGAAAUCCGCAGCACGUUCCAUCAGCAGACACGUGAACGGGUUUACGCCUUGAUCAAUACGACCAGCGAUCCCCUGACCCAGCUCGCCACAUCCUACACAGCCGAUGAGAUUAUCUACGUCAAGAAACUACUGGAUGCCAUGUUCGAUGGACGUAACAAUAAAGGCAGGCGGGAAGCAAUGUGCUUGAGCGGAAUUGAAGCCAUCCAAACCGGGAAAGUUCCUGAGAAGAGACGGGAGACCCAGAACGAGAAUGCAACGCAGUCGUCAGCAGGUAUGCUCAGCCCUAAGGAUGCUGAGGCAAUGCUCAACAAAUUGGUGGAGGAAGGGUGGUUCGAAAGGAGUCCGGCCGGAUUUUACAGCCUGAGUCCUCGCGCUCUGAUGGAGUUGAAGGCCUGGCUCAUCGACACCUACAACGAUGACGACGACGACGACGACGGGACCAUCGACAAAAUCAAAUUUUGCCAUGCUUGCAAGGAGAUCAUCACAGUGUUCUUUUCUGGUUUCAAGGGUCAACGUUGCGCUCAACGAGAAUGCCCGGGCAGGUUACACGAUAUCUGUUCUCAAAAUUUCUUUCGUGUGCAUAGAUCGCGAGCCUGCCCUCUUUGUAAUACUGAGUGGGAUGGCGAACACUACGUCGGUGAGAAGGCUAUCACAACAUCCGAAAGUUAUCGAAGCGGGCGACGGCGGUCAAACAAUCGACCUAGAUCUCAAGUCGAAGCUGCUAAUGAACAUGAAGAUGAGCCUUGA